UGUAUAUCGUAAACGUCAUACCUAAUCUGGCCCACAUUGGGUUAUGUCCUCUAAAUUUGUUUGAUCAAUAGAGAAUAUAUACAAAAUUUGUAUCAUGCUACCAAUAAAGAAUUUAACAAAGAAUGGCUACCUUAGAAUUCUAUCCUCUGAAUCAGUAUCAAAUAUUUUAAGGCGACAUUUAACAGAAGAAAUCAACGUUCAAUAUAGACGAAAUAUUGUAGGUUAUCUUGUGUCGCAACGCGAGAAAUUUUUAAGUAAAAAUAUUCAUUCAGAAACAGUAAAUCGUAAGUUAAUAGCAAAUUUUAGUUCAGACAGUGACAAAGGAUACUCAACUGAUAGUGAACUUACACCUGUUCAAUUUGAGAAAGUUUCUGAUGAAACCCUUGAAUCUUUGACAGAAUACUUUGAUGAAUUAAUUGAGCAGUCACCACAACUAACAGAUGCGGAUGUAUCAUAUGGAGAUGGUGUAUUAACUGUUAAAUUUGGAAAAUCAUAUGGUACUUAUGUCAUAAAUCGUCAAACACCAAAUAAACAAAUUUGGCUUUCUUCUCCAAAGUCUGGACCAAAGCGAUAUGAUUUUGUAAAUGGCAGAUGGAUCUAUAAAUAUGAUGGAAAAACAUUACAUGAAUUACUUAACAAUGAAAUACCAGCAAUCAUAAUGAAUCCAACGUGUUUUGAUAAGUGUUCUUUUAGUGGCAAAGAAAAAGAAGCAGCAAUGAAUAGUCUGUAAUUUUAUUAAAUCAAUGCUGUAAAUUGUAAUUUUAAUUAGAAUAACUAAUUGCAUAAACAUAUGUGUGUGUACUAUAUUGGAAAUACAAAAUCUCAGUUAAUGUAUAUAAAUUAUAAUAUAAAAUAGACAACAUAUUGUAAUAUAUUUAUGUGAGUAUUUAUAGCUUUGUAAAAUAUAGAUACAUUUUAAUAUUUGCAUGGUAGAACCGCACCUUUAGAAUUUCUCAUUUUACAAUGUCACAUUGCUAAAGGCUUAGUACAUAUUUUUAUAUCUCUAAGAGAUAUAUUAAGUUAAUACACGUAAUAUAUCCUGAAUUGUUUAUAAAUUACUUUUA